GUUUUUAAGUUCAUCGGAUUUAAUGAUGAGAUCAGCAACAAGAAAAAAAUGUGGAAUACAUAUGCACAACGGGAAUUAUUCGUUUACUGACUCUGACAAAUGUACGCGCAAGUUUGAUAUUGAUAUCGAUGUCACGACCUGCUGUGAAUAGCAAGCACCUAAAUAGCGAUUUGUCUGUUGUUAUCAGUUCUAAUCCACAAAUUAUGUCAAUAUACGAAUUUAGACGGAUGCUUCUAUCGUGAUUACGAUCGCGAGGUCAAUAAGUAGGAAUUGCAUAGAUUCUUGUUUUGUUUUCUCUGAUUUGCACUAUUAUUGUCAAGGAUUGAUUUUUCAUUAUCUUUGUCACGAUAGAUUAACGAGAUUUUUUUUUACAAUAGAUACUUGAUAAUUAUAUACCGCUCCGCGUACAAAGUUUCAUUAAGUCUUAGCAUAAUACGUGAGUCGAACGGCUUGUGCACUCAGGCGCUAGCGACUGAGCAAUUCAUAUCACAACGGGUUUGUAACUCUAUGCAACAGAUAUCGCGGCGCGAUUAUGAUGAGUGAGAGUAUACUUUGCGAUAUGAUAAGUGCGUAAAAAAUAACAACCGACCGAAAAUCACUUUGCUCAUCGAAGAGCACUUUCGCUGCGUGCAGUAAUCUUAAAACUCGCGAGCGCGCGCGCAAAAAUUCUUUGCUCCGACAGCAAGUCACAGCCUUACCGCUUCACGACAAUUACUCGUAUAUGGUAAUUGUACAACUUUCAUCGGCAAUAGCGCAUGGUAAUAGCACUGAUUUCUUCGUGAGCCAGCGAUAGACAGUUUACAAGCAGCUUGCCGCGUCGUUAAAUCACAGCGACGACAAGGCUGUGACGAAUGAUGAUCACAGUGGAAAAAUGUUAGCGUACAAGGAUGUGGACCGCACACUGCCAGAAUUUAGUGUUCAUCGCUUUUGUGUUCUUACCCUCUAUCGCGAGAGGUAUCCCGGAUUACUCUGGACUGCCAGCGGGACCAUACUGCGCUUCAAGGUAUCCUGGAGGCGGCUGCUGCCCAGGACGACAGGAUGAGUGCAGCGCGCCAAUUCUCACGACGCUAUGCUACUGCGACGAUUUUUGCGAUCGCACUCGCGAAGAGGACUGCUGUCCGGAUUACUGGCACCAUUGCAAAGGAAGGGCGAACGACACGGAUCCGCCGGAGGAGAUAAGAAGGUGUUUCUUCCAUGGAAGAGAAUAUAAUCAUGGACAAACAGUACGAGUGAACUGUAACACAUGUAAAUGCUCCUCGCUUGGUAAACGCGCCGAAAUGCUCUGUGAAGAGACCCGAUGCUUGAUCGAGUCGGAAUUGAUGGAGCAGCUCAACCUGCAAGGAUCCACUUUGGGAUGGCAAGUGGGCAAUUACUCCGAAUUCUGGGGAAGGACACUUCGGGAUGGUGUGGAACUUCGCCUAGGUACUCUCAACCCAUCGCAAUCCGUAUACAGAAUGAACCCAGUGCGACGUAUUUAUAAUCCAGAUGCACUACCACGAGAAUUCGACUCCAGAACACGUUGGUCACGCGAUAUAUCCGGUAUUCAUGAUCAAGGAUGGUGCGGCGCGUCUUGGGCUGUGUCCACGGCCGACGUUGCGUCCGACAGAUUCGCGAUCAUGAGCAAGGGCGCCGAAAACGUGGAGCUCAGUGCGCAGCACCUGCUUUCUUGCAACAAGAGAGGACAGCAAGGAUGCAGAGGCGGAUAUCUCGAUCGUGCCUGGCUCUUUAUGAGGAGAUCCGGACUGGUGGACAAAGAGUGCUAUCCUUGGACCGGUAGGAAUGAUCAAUGUAGAUUACAUAGGAGAACCGAUCUAAAGACCGCUGGUUGCCGAAACUCACCAAACUCGUUGAGGACAGAAUUAUACAAGGUCGGACCGGCCUAUCGUCUGGGUAACGAAACCGACAUUAUGCAGGAAAUCCUGACCUCUGGACCUGUGCAAGCUACUAUGAGAGUCUAUCAGGACUUUUUCGUUUACAAGAGUGGAGUGUAUAAACAUUCACAAAAUGUGGAAAAGCACGAUUUUGGUUAUCAUUCAGUCAGAAUAAUCGGUUGGGGCGAGGAACCAUCUUAUUACGGUGCAUCGCUGAAAUAUUGGCUGGUCGCGAAUUCUUGGGGAUACAACUGGGGAGAGAACGGACUUUUCAAGAUUCAGAAGGGAACGAACGAAUGCGAGAUCGAGUCAUACGUAUUGGCGAUAUGGGCCAAGACAUUGCCAAGCCAGUAAAAAAUGAAAAUACCAAAGUGUUAGAAUAUCCGAUUGUCAUAGCCAUUGUUGGUGCAUUUAUUGAAUCUCCGUCGUUGGCCUGUUGUUCUGCGCAAUGAUGCGAUUGUCUCGGAGACGAAGAUCUGUACUGGAUACAUGCUGUACUAUACUGCACAAAGGUAUGUGAUUCAGUGCCUCUGUUUACUCCUUUAUUACGUUGGAUUGGCAGGAUGAAAGGGGGGAAGGGGGGGGGGGGCAAAAUUGGGGAAUAAAUUGGGGAAUUUACAAAUAUUUAAUGCAAGUACGAGCAUAGUCAGAAAAGUAUCGUUAUUAUUUUCUCAUUAUUUGUAGACAAUAAUAAUCAUUUUACAUAGAAAUGCGCGCUUUCUAAACGUGUUCAAAUUCAAUUAUUCAUAUAUUACACAAAAGUCAUGUUUCACACAUAAUGUUAUGUGUCGAUGACUUUAACGUGUAAAAAGUACUAAGUGCCAAGCAUCUGAAAUAAAUUUUGUAAGUACGUCA